AUGCCACCGGAGGCUCCGGCGUCGCCCUUUGAAGCCCGUCCAGCCAGCAGCGGCACAGCCGUCUCCUCCUCCCCGCACGGUGGUCCCCACCCUGGCGCACCACAACACCAGCAGCAGCAGCAGGAGUUCGGCGUCCCGCCUCCGCCUGCGCCGCACGACGCUGCCGGUGACGGCACCGUGACCGUAACCCACUUCCGUCCCGGUCCCGGCUCCAACCCCGGUGUUGUGAUCGACAUGUCCGGAAUGGAGGCCCCAGGGCCGGUCUUUCAUUCGGAUUCCCUGCGGGGCCAGGACGUGCACUUGCCGUCCACUGGGGACGAGCACGACGAGGAGCAGCAGCAGCAGCAGCAGCAGCAGCAUGCCGUCGUGCCGGGUGUUAUCGGGCCUCUCGGACAACUAGGUCGGCCGGUUCACGCGCAGCAGGCUGGUCAUAGCCAGGUCAUGCCGGUACCGGAUCAACACGGCCAAUUCGGCAUCUUGACGCCGGGUCCCGCGAUCCCUGAUCAGAGUGCAGGCGGGAUGGAGGAGUCGCUCAUUGGGCCCAGCGGCUUUAUCCCCAUAGACGGCACUACCGCCCCCGGCUGGAGGCCACACGGCAGUCUCCUCAGCAGCAAAUGGGUCAUAGACCCUCCGAAUCUCGAGGAGUGGCGCCAGAAGCUGUUUGAUGCAGACGGCCUCAUCAUUCUUACCCACGAACAGUUUGAGGCCUACUUCCCACACAUAGACAACGUCUACUCCCACAGAUCAACACAAACGUACAAGAAGAAGCCUUUCAUCUCGCACUACUGGGACUGUCGCCUCAAGGGCCGGCCGCCGGGGACCAAGAAGUCGGACGACCCCAACAAGAAACGCCGCAACCGCGUGUCGCGCAAACUCAACCUCUGCGACGUCAAGAUCAAGAUCACGGAGUACUUCCCCGGCGCGACGCUCCAUGACGUUGAUGACGGCACCUACGUGCCGCUUAAUGGGGGACAGGCCCUCAACGGCGCGCACACUGUCCUUGCGCCUCCUGGCGAGAGGGAACUGCGGGUCGCGCCCGCCACGCCGAAUAACCUGCCGGCGCCGGGGCAGAAGUUCUGGACGAUCCAGAGGGUGAAUGGGCAUAUAAGCAUCAGCGGUAUCCCUGGGCCGCAUCAGCAUACCCUGGCGAAGAGUGACGAGGUGAAGAGGAAUAGUAUCCAGCGGUAUCUGGCCAAACAUAAGACCGAACUUACAAAGAACGACGGGCCCAAAAAGGCGACUGGAAAGGCGCACUGGACCGCCAAGAAACACGAAAAGGAGAGCGAUCUUAAACUCUAUUCGGCAUGUUACUGGUUCGCCCCCCCCACGUACGUUGUUCUGGUUUGCAAUGUCUCCCUACUGACUCGGGGCCUCGCCAGCCCCUUUUCUCAGCGCGUUUGGAUCGCCCUCGAAGCAAAGGGGCUUCAGUAUCAGUAUUGCGAAGAAGAUCCGUACAAGGUGCCCGCAUCGCAGGAGUUGCUAGAAGCCAACCCGCGGGGAACAGUACCUGCCAUACGGCAAGGCGACUGGGCUUGCGCGGAAAGUGGUGUCAUACUGGAAUAUAUAAACUCCCGCCUAGUCCCGGCCUUCUACCGACUCCUGCGCAAUCCGGACCCGACCCAACAGCCGCAAAACAUUGAAAGGCUGCAGGAGGCCAUCAAGGACCUCGUCCUCGCCGCCGACGAGGAGGGACCCCUUUUCCUCGGCAGCAGUCUGUCACUUGUCGACGUCCACUUCGCCCCGUUCGCUGUCCGCCUCUCGCGCAUCCUGCAGCCCCGCUGUGGCUGGACGGCGCCCACGCCGGGAUUACGCUGGGCUAGAUGGCUCGACGCGCUGGAGAGCAACGUGCACGUCAAGGCUACGACGAGCGGGAGGGAUGUUUAUGUGGAAACCGUUGACCUUUUGCAAAUUGCGCUGGACCCAGAGGGACACUUGUGUAUUUGA